AUGGCGUCGCAAAGACGGGGUCCAGAGCUGCAGUUUCUGGCCUCGCCGUGGGUCUCGACGCAGGUCUACAUAGUCAUUCUUUCGGCAUUCUUCUUCGGCAUCACAGUUGCUGUGACUUCAGUGACUGUGUUCUUGUUGUUGCGCGGCGGUCUAACUCGGAGGUCACACAAGAUCCAGCUGCUAUCAGUCCUGCUGCUCUUCGUGUCGACGUUGCUGUUCUUCCUUUUCACGACAGUAUACAACGUCAAUCUAUACACCUUCAACGUGCAAUGGGAUAUCGAAGCACCACUCGCGUCGAUCAUCUCGGACGUGGAGUCGCGCUGGGGAGAGCACGCCCAGCGCGUGCAGUCCGGAGUCGUCACUGCAUGCCUGACGAUCAAUAUCUUUAUCAGUGACGCCACGGUUUGGUGGAGGGCGUGCAUGCUAUGGCCCCGAAAUGCCUUGGUCCGUUGCAUGUGCUUCCUGUUGCUCGCGUCGACUUUAGGAAUAGGACUUGUGGAGACAUACACGUCUGCCCUUUCACUCCCGAAUUUUGUUGCAUACGACUAUCAGGCCCAGCUGUAUACUCGGGAUGGUUUUGGGACCAUUGCGUUCGUCUUGUCGCUCACGAACAAUGUGGUUGCCACCGCUCUCAUCGCGUUCAAAGCUUGGCGACACGCUCGCAUUCUGCGGGCUGCGCUGGGCGCUGGGAACAAGAAGUCUCGCGCCGUCAAGAUGCUGUCACUCCUCAUCGAAUCCGGCGUCAUAUACUGCGUGGUUUGGCUCUUCAUCGUCAUCUCUGCAAUCCGGAUCCCCACUACGGCGAAUGAUACGAGCGUACGCGCCGUCGGAUAUGCCACAUCCGCGAGCAUCCUCCUCAGGGGGUGUCUGGUCUAUGUUAUCGGCCUCUAUCCGAUGUUGAUCGUGGUCAUCGUCCGCCUGAAGCAUUCGCAGCUCGACAACGUUCAUUCGGAAGCAUCCGGCACGUCGAUAAGGUUUGGGUGGCCCGAAGCAUGCUCCAGACAAGAUGUUGAACCCGCCAUCAUCUCGAUUCCUCGUAUGGGUCCUCUCGGAGAACAUGAGUUCAAACCCGAUUCGUCGUCGCAUACGCUUACUCGGCCAAGCUCGGUUUACGUCUCGGCGAUGUCGGGCGAGAAAGUCGCGGACUUGCGAAGGCGGCAGGAUCGUUCGGGCAAUUGA